UCGGUGAGCAAAGCAUUAAACAAAAAAUAAUCAGAAGAUAUCUUUAAAAUUUCACAAAGGAAAAGAGAGAGAGAGAUUCGGUAAUAAUGCAGUCGAUGAAAGAAACAGCUUCGAAUAUUGCAGCUUCUGCAAAGUCUGGCAUGGACAAAACCAAAGCUACCUUGGAGGAAAAGGCUGAGAAGAUGAAGACACGAGACCCUGUUCAGAAACAGAUGGCUACACAGGUUAAAGAAGAUAAGAUCAAUCAAGCCGAGAUGCAGAAGAGAGAAACGCGUGAGUACAACGCGGCCAUGAAAGAAGCGGCUGGAGCUGGAACCGGUUUAGGUUUGGGGACAGCCACUCACUCGACCACUGGACAAGUCGGACAUGGCACUGGGACACACCAGAUGUCGGCUUUGCCUGGUCACGGAACAGGACAACUGACAGACCGGGUUGUGGAGGGUACGGCUGUGACCGACCCGAUCGGAAGGAACACAGGAACUGGUCUGACAACAACUGCUCAUAACACCCACGUCGGUCCUGGUCCGUACGGAACCGGCGGGGGAUAUAGUGGAUAAAGGGUGUUGUUCUGUUAUUUGCUAAUUCGAUGCUUUCGUGGUUUUGUGUAUUCAUGUUGUGUUUUGGGGUCCUUUCUUUAUUUUGGUUCUUCUGAAUAAUUGUAGCCUUGUAGGACUUCGAUCUCAUCUAGUUUUUGUUCUUUGAUGACAGAGUCCUACUUUCUGAGUUGUAUGUUCAUGCAAUGUAACAGUAAUAAAAUUAUCCAUUAACAAUAA